CCAAAAGUCAGAAGACGUUGAACGUUGUCAACGCGCGGACUAGUCGAAUGAUCAGUUUGUUUGUAAAUAAUAUAAUUUAAAUAUAAACUUUAUUUUAUCUAUUGUAUACAAUUACUACUGAUAUUAUUGUUCGUCAUGUCUACAGUAAUAUUUCGUUUUAGACCUCACUUUAAUCGUUUUAACCGACUAAGUGCGUGUGUAAGAGAGAAAAGUGCCUGGACCAGUGAGAAGAUUUUAACAUCUACAUUAAAAGAAGUUGAUAUACCAAACUUGACAGUGGAUCAGUACAUGUUUAGGAAUUUGGACAAAUGGGCAACUAAGACUGCUGUGAUCUGUGGUCACACAAACAGACAGUACACAUACGAGGAAGUGUACAAGAAAUCUAGAAUCUUUGCCGCCAAUUUAAGAAGAAAGUUCAAAAUCAAAGAUGGCGACACCGUCGCCAUUUUGAUGCCAAAUGCGCCUGAGUAUCCUAUCAUUACGUUCGGAGUUCUGGCUGCCGGUGGUGUGGUUACCACUAUGAACCCUGUUUAUACUGCCUAUGAAAUUCAAAGGCAGAUUCUUCUAUCAGAGACUACACUCAUUAUAACUAAUGAAGAUUUAGUUCCAACGGUGAAAGAAGCAUUGAAACUAGCAGAGAAAGACUUUCCAAUAAUAUCCCUAAAUAUUAAAAGUAACCCAGAAGGAACAGCGUCUUUCAAAGAAUUGGUUGAAGAUGAUCAUGUUGAUACCAGUAUCUUAAAAGAAGUGAAUAGACAAUAUGACGAUGUAGCCUUUUUGCCAUAUUCUAGUGGCACUACUGGGCUACCUAAGGGCGUGCAGCUGACCAAUAGGAAUAUUAUAGCAAACUGUGAACAACAGAAUACUGAUUAUAGGCAGUAUGAAUAUACUACUGAAUCACAUCAAGACUGCAGUUUGGUGGUGCUGCCGAUGUUCCAUUGCUACGCGUUGAGUAUCUGCAUGUUGCACAAGAUGUCUGUUGGCUUGAAGCUGGUUACUCUGCCUAAGUUCCAACCAGACAUGUUUCUGAACUCGCUGCUAGCACAUAGAUUCGACUUGUUAUAUUUGGCUCCACCGCUAGUUAUGUUUGUUGGUUCAUAUCCUCAAAUGACUGCAAAGCAUUUGGAAAAAGUGAGGGCAGUCACAUCAGGAGCUGCACCUUUACCGUCUGCUGAUAUUCAGAGGCUCUUCGAAAAGGCAGAGAGAGAAAUCCAGUUCUGCCAAGGUUACGGUUUGACGGAAACGUCUCCUCUUAUAAGUCUGACUCCAUUUGGUCAGAAGACUUAUGAAGACGUCGGAUAUUUACUGCCAAACAUGGCUUGCAGGAUCGUCGAUGAAAAGAUGAAUAAUUUGGGACCAGACAAGGUUGGAGAACUAGUAGUCAAAGGCCCGAACGUGAUGAAAGGAUACUUGAAGAAUCCGAAAGCUAACAGUGAAGUAUUUGUCGAAGGAGACUGGUUUAGAACCGGAGACCUGGCGAAAAUCAAUGAAGAUGGACUGAUCACCAUAGCUGAUAGGCUCAAAGAAUUAAUCAAGGUCAAAGGCUACCAGGUACCACCAGCUGAAUUGGAGAAUGUUUUAAAAGAACAUCCAGCUGUUCUGGACGCUGCUGUUGUUGGAGUACCAGACCAAGCCACGGGCGAAAGACCACGAGGUUUCGUAGUCCUCAAACCAGAAGCCAAAGCCAAUGACAAAGAUAUAAUGGAAUUUGUUAGCAAGAGAGUAGCACCAUACAAGAAGAUUAACGAAAUAACAUUCCUAAAAGAGAUUCCUAAGAACCCAUCAGGGAAGAUUCUUAGGAAAUCUUUGAAAGAACAGUAUUGUAAAUAAAUAAUAAUGAUAAAAUGGUUGGUUGUGUGGUAAAUAUUGAUGUUAAUUUAUUACGAAGACAUUUUUAAUAAAUUAAUUAAAAUGAU